AUGGAAAAUAUUAUUCCAAGUAUCAAUGUUUCUUUGUAUAAUGGUUCUGAUCUAUUGUUCAACUCUUAUUAUGAUGCUUUAUAUAGUGAUUCUAAUCUGUUAUUCAACACUUACCAUAAUUCUUUAAAUAAUUCUUCUAACCCGCCAAUAUUUGACUUGUAUAGUUCCUUACAUGAUUCUUCUUCUAAUCCGCCAAUAUUUGAAUUAUAUGACUCCUCACACAGUUCUUCUGAUCUACUCUUUGAGACAUAUAAAGAAACUCAAAUAGAAAAUGAAAUGAUAAAUACUGUAGUUCGAAUGAAAUUUGAAACAUGGAAACUUGCUGAAUUGUACCUUGAUAAAUAUGCAAAGAAACAAGAAUUCUGCUUUCAUAAAAAAAGAAAUUUUAGACAAACACCUAAUAUUGUACAAUUGCAGGGUCCUAAACAAAAAUACGGAUUUAGUAUGAGAUAUGUUAAAAAAGCUCUUGAUUUGGCUAUUCAAACUGAUAAAGUUGAUGAAUUUGUCGAUCAAGUACAACAUAAAGGUAGACAACCUAAUAGAUAUAAGUCAUGUGGCGAAUCCCUAAAAAAGAAAGCAAAACAUAUUCGAGAUAUUACUAAUAUUACCAAUAAAGAUCAUGAAGAAGCAAGUCAAUCUGGAAAAAAAAGAGAAAGACAUUAUAAACUAUGCAAUCAAAUAGGUCACUAUGCUUCAUGA